GUUUACAAACAUUGCGUGUGCGACUUAUGCCACUUGCCUCGCAAUUUCCUUGUGAAGUUUCUUGUCAGAAUUGCACUGUUUAAUUAAUUUUUGAGUCAUGUCACACUAUCUUAUUAUAUUUCUCUAUAUUUUAUUUGAUAUCGCAAAUUUUGAUCAGUAAUCAACAUCGCUCAGCUGGAAGUUGACUCUUCAAAAUGAGCUUAUCAGCUCUAAAUCACUUGAAGUCUGAACUCCAGCGCAAAAAAGAAGAUGCGGAGAAAAAAAAGCGGCCUAUGGAAGCUCAUCAUGUGACCCCUAUGGUAAAAAUAGAGCAAGAUAAAGAGAGUAGCAAAGAUACAAAGAAGCUACCAGAAUUAACUGCAGAAGAAGCGGAAAAAGCAAAAAAAGCCAGAGAUAUUUUGGAAGCAAAAGCAAAGCUGUAUGAUUCCCUUGCAGAAGGAAUACAUUUGACCAAGAACAGCAAUCUAUACCUGGUCAACUUUGAACAAAAAGCUGUUGAAGAUUUUGGAAUCCGCGUCUCUAGCAGUGUUUCAAAUCAGGACCGAAUUAUUGAUCUUGCUAAGGAUAUAAAAGACGAAAAGGAAAGCGAAACAAUAGCAAGCAAUGGAUCUGUUGCUGAAACUUCAAAUGCAACUGAAGUCCCCAAAACAAGCUCUGAUAAAGAAUUGCUACAGAAAGCUCGAAACUUUUCUUUCUCUGAUUUACCUUCAGAGAAAGAAUCAAAAGGAACUUUCGAACCAACCAUGAUCUCUCCUGCUAUGCAGCGAGAAAAAAUGCGUCAAAAGUGGGAGGAGGACGAAAAGCUAGCCCGCUCGAAAGACGACAUCCAUUAUCAGGAUAUUUUAUUCGAUGAGGUUCGCAGUCAUGGCACCGGAUAUUUUGCAUUUUCAAAGGAUGAAGAUGAACGCAAAAGACAGCAAGCAGAAUUAGAAGCACUGAGACAGGAGACAAUCAAAAAACAAGAAGAGUUCAGGAAGAUGAGGGGUGAUGCCAGUGAUGAGGGGACCUCAACUGAAACCCCUGAUGAAAAUUCAACAAAUGAAGAAACCGUUAGAGAAUUGACUGAUGAAGAAAAGUUGAAAAAAAUUGAAGAAGCUUUAAGAGCAAUAAAACGUGAAGUCCAUGUUCGAGAAUGGGAUAAAGGCAAAGAAAUCCCUGUUAUGUCGCAGGAGGAAUGGAUCGAAAAGAAAAGAAAUGAACGUGAUCAAGAUUUUGCUCCUCCUGAAAUUUAUUUUGAAAAUCCAACACCAAAUAGGAAACAUAAGCGACCUAUUCAGCUGCCUCCGAAGAAAACUCUCUUCCAAAAGAAACCCAUAAAGGAAGAUGAAAAAUCUGCUGCAGAAGCUGGUUCCCUUCCAAGUCCUAUCGAUUGUCCCACCGGAACUCAGACAGAGAGUACUCCAAAAUCUGAAUCCAGCAAUCAAAGUGAUGAUUUUAAGAUAGAUCAUGCAAGUUCAAUUAAGAGUGUCAAAACCUCUAAGAAAUCUGCAAUGGCUUUACUAGAGCAACAACAAAAUUUAAGUUUAGAUGGUGAUGAAAUCGUCUCAUCUCAAGAUCAAAAUUUAAGUAAAGAAUUGAGUUGUAAUAUUAGAAAUAUUCCUCUGCCGCAAGAAAAUAACUUAUCUACAAAUCAGUCUAGCUCCUCUCUUGACUCUAUACCCCUCCCUUCAGAAAUUCCUAUUCCUCCUCCAAAUGCUCCCUCUGUAUCCAUUAAACCUUUUUUCAUACCAUCAAACUUGGUGCCUAGAAAAUUCGCACCGCCUUCUAAAAAAGUCUCCACUCCGCCUGUUGUAACUCCUUCAAUUGAUUUGUCAUCGACUUUAAAAGAGAUGGACGGAUUGAAGAAAUUGAAAAAUCCUCUCAUUGAUCCAAAAUUGUCACAUUACUUCAAGGAGCCAAAAACCCAAGAGGAUAUCAGUAUUCCUAGUGAUGAGGCGUGCACCGCGGAAAGUAAUGAAAUUAAUGUCACCACCUCCUCUAGUCAUGACCAUGUGCCAAAAAGUGUGCAAGACAAUAGUUCCUCUACAAACGAGAGUUCUAGAAUUAAAUUAGGGAAUUUGAUUAGAAAUCGACCAGCACCAAAAUCUGGUAUGGCUUUACUUGAGGAAAUUAAAAAAUCAACACGAGAUUUCGGACCAGAGGUAGAGACACCGCAUAGCUCUGCAAGUACCUCUCGAAAACGAGGUGCUGAAAUUGCUCCACCAGAGUGUUUAUUACACUCAACACCCCAGUUACCUGUGAGGAAAAAAGGCCUUUUCUCUAAAAAGGAAGAAAUCGCAGACUCCAUCUCAGCCGGUUUACAGACUCUAAAAAAAGUAGAUGAAAAGAAGAAGAAGAAGACUCGAGAAAAGGGUUUAUUAGAUAUUUUAUGAAGAGUGAGAAGAGGUAAAGGAAAGAUUAAUUUCUUUGCCGUUCUUUGCCAUUGUUGUCACCGAGUAGAAACACUUUAUGUUCAGACAUGCUCAAGGUUAGGUUGAUGUAGUUAACGACAAUUAGAUUAUUUUUGGCCUGAUCAAUGUGGCACUUACUCUGGCAGAGGAAGAUCAGGCAAGAAAGAAUCUUAUUGAAACCAUAUACAGCCUGAUGAGGAUACAAUUAAAAAUGACAAGUACCUCUCAUCCGUUAUAAAAAACCAAAAGAACCACGCAUGUCGUGUUGUGUGAUACAAAUCAAACAGAACUCUGGUAAUCCAUUGAAAACAAAAUUGCCAAGCUGACUUGUUCCAGUCUUGAAAACGCGUCCACACUUGAUGCAAGAUUGUAAUCGGGGACUCCCUCCUCCAAUCUUUUACAUCAAGAAUGAAAUUUUUGGAAAUGUGAUACCUUUCCUUAGAUUACAAAAAUACCAUGUUUAAAGUAGGUAUGUUGUGUUCUUGUUUUACUUGUUGAAGUAUGUGAAUAAAAGAGUAUUUUGAUACAUCUUUGAAUUGAUUUCCAA